AGCGUCACUUGCAUUUGCAAGCCUACUCGACGCCUUCCUUCACUCCCCCCCAGGUCAGGCCCCAGGCGGUCCAGCGCCGCCGCCGGAAUGGAGCCGGAUUCCGAUCAGCCAAAGGCUGCCGCCCGUGGGGGCCACCGCAAGCACCUGGCCAUGCUCGAGCGCCUCUCCAAGCGCUCCUCCUCCUCGGUCGGCGCCCCACCCUCGGACUCCUCUGAUGCCUCCCCCGUCGAAGCCUUCCUCUCCCGCUUCGCCGACGCCAAGCUCGCCGCGGAGUCAGCACUCUCCGCCUGCCGCUCCUCCUCCCCCGAAGACGACGCGGCCGCAUCUCUGGCGGCUGCUGCGGCCGCCAUCGAUGACAUCGAUCGCCUCAUCGCCGAGGCGUCCCAUGCACUGCCCCCCUACGAGCUCCGCGCCGCCCUCGCCACCGCCGCCGACCUCCGCGCGGCACACAGUGUUGCCGCCUCUGAGCUCCGUCCCAAGAAGUCCUUCUCCUUCAGGAACAAGAGCAGGAAUCCGAGGAACCCGCCUCAGGAUCGUGUCACCGCAUCACCACCGCAGCCACCUCCUCCGGAGCAGCCGAAACCUAGUCUUGACGCGAUCCUACCAGGGUUCGGGUUCCGGGGCAGGAACGGCGCCACCUUCGUGAAGGAUCUGCGAGUCUCCAACGACAAGGAUGGGGAUUUCACGCUCGCGGAUUUGGUUUCCUGCGAGGUCUAUCUCAAGGGCAAAUGCCGGGCGCUGUACAUCCAUAAGCUGAGAGAUUGCCGUGUGUUCGUCGGGGCUGUUCUUGGUUCUGUUCUUAUAGAAGACGUAGAUGGCUGCAUAUUUGUGAUGGCAGCACACCAGAUCAGGAUCCAUGAGGCGAGGGUGACGGAUUUCUACUUGCGGGUGAGGAGCAGGCCUAUCAUUGAGGACUGCAGUGGUGUGAGAUUUGCACCAUAUGUUUUGAAUUAUGAAGGGAUUGGAGAAGAUUUGAAGGACUCCGGACUUGAGGAGGAGACUGGUAAUUGGGCUAAUGUGGAUGACUUCAAGUGGCUCAAGGCAGUGCAGUCACCAAAUUGGCGGUUAGUUCCAGAGGAAGAACGGUUGCAAACUGUGAACAUUUCGGAGCUUCAUAAACAGGAAGAUGAUAGCUGACAAGGAUUGCUGUCAGGUCUCAUUUUGGUUUUCUUCUCUGGAUUCAUUAGUUUAUUUGUGGUUGUGGGGAUAAUGUUUCGGUUGUUUAAAGUUGAUUGCUUGUAAUUGUACCAAGAGCUUUCUGAAUUCACAAUAUGAAGCUUGAAACAAUUUGGUGUCCUAAACAAGAUUAGUUCAGUGGUUUGCAUAGCCAAAAUUGAUAAGAGCAGAGAGUUUGGUGAGCUAGAACCAUGCUUCAUGUUGGGAUUCUACUAAAUAUUUCAUAGUGUUGAAACUACUUUCUUUUAGUUCCAUUGA